AUGGCCAUGAAUAUACCGCUCCAGUCUGUGUUCUUGUACAAAGGGUUGUGGUCUCCGGAGAACGACUCAAUCUUGGUAGCCACUCUCAUACGUCUGAAGCAAGAGACAAUGUGGACUCUUGACGAGUUCCCUAUCUACUUCUUACUCACUGCCAGGAAAGAAAUCAAGGCGAAGACGGGUGCUGAUUUCACUGAGGCAGAAAUGAAAAAACGAGUGGAAUUCUUGAAGGAUCGAUACAAAACUUUUAAGAAGGUGACGGCUGAUAAUGGAACACACUGGGAGAUGCCAUUCAAAGUAGUUGUGGCGAGCGACGAGGUUUGGACAAAGAUCAUGAAGACACUCCCACUGGCGGCAGCCUACUACUAUCACGACGAGCCAAUCGUCAAUGAGCUCGCAACUUUGUUCGGAAUGGAUGAUGUGAAAAUUGAGACAUCGAAGGAAGUAAUAGUCAUUUCAGAUACAACGGAGAAGCUGUCGUUCGAGGAAGAUGAUGAGGAAGUCAAUUCGCCAAUUUUUCAUCCAGAGACUAAAGUCCGUCGCAAGCUCUUUGUCGACCAUGAGGGAGUAUCAGACAGGCUGUCCAGUUCGGGCCGUAUGGCUCCCCCCUAAAAAUGGCUCCUCUUUUGCCUAAUGGAAACCCCCCAUGGGGUAGCCCACUUGGAAGCUCAGUUGCGUCGUCUUCACCUGUUGGAAGGGUGCGCCGUUCGCCCGUGUGAUGUACUAGUUUGCAUUAAGAGGCGCAUGCGGUCCAAAAACUAGUAAAAAAAUUACCAUUUGUUUACUUAAGACCUCGCGAAAAAGGACCUCGUUUUUUUUUGGCCGCGCCUACUUAGUGCAUUGUGUUUUGUGUAGUUGUAAGUGAUGUAUCACUAAGAUUAUGUAGCA